CAAGGCGACAGCCAAACGAUUGCAGACCGAAAGACCGGAGAUAUCGCUUAUGCAUCUCCGUAUUGAAAUUGGAUAAUCGCAUAGCAAAUUCAAGAAAUGGGGGGACCAGCUAACCCAAAAAGUAUUGGUGAAUAGUGGCAAUGACGAGUGGAAUCACCACAUGGGCACACUAAAUGUCUUGGAGAGGCCCGCUGAAGAUAACAUGUUUAUGGCACUCGGCGAUGCCAUGGUUGGAACGGGUCAUAUCUGGGUCAGGUCACCGGGUGGAUUCAUGAAUCAUGAUAAGCGAGCUGUAGCCCUCCAUAUCCGCUACGCAGGGACAAUCUGCACUUCAUUAUGGUCUUCCCCGGUGAUCGUACGUCAGAGUAAUUGGAUCGAAUCUGCACGAAUGGCAGGUCUUCAUGCCGGGAAUAUUGUUUCACGCCUGCUGAGGGCGACCAAUCCGAGCUAGGCAGCAGGAUUCUCGUGCGCCAUUGUUGGGUCAAGCUUUGC